UAAAACUGAAAGUUCAAGACUUAGAUAACUGGGGUUUGUCAGGUUUUCUCAACAUAUUUCUGUGUAUGGUUAAGAAUAAAGACUGUAGGAAUGAGUCAGUGCUCCAGUUUUAGGGUUUGUUUAUGAGUGCAGGUCAGACAGAGUGAGAGGUUUUACAGUCAGUUCACUGGUUGAUCCACAUUCACACAGCAGCAGCAUUUUACAACACAGAACUACUUUAUAGCACCAGAAGGUUCAGUUUAUACAGAAUCAAACAGGUUUUUGGUAUCAGAGAGCAAAUAUAAUGAGAAACAAUGGGAUUGAAUGAUUCAGUCUACAGAGUUUGAACAGCCUUACAGAUCAGACACAUACAUGUACUAUUUGUCAACCAUAAACAGGUUGUGGCUUAAUUCAGAUCUCUAUUAGCCCAGCAUUUCUCCAUAUAAUCAACAGAUUCAUUCAGUCACCUGAAGCUUAAACUGACAAAAUAUGUCUCUUUUCUGAUCAAUCUACCCUCAAUGGUAGCACGUUGUCAUGUUUUUAUAGUUUCAAACACUGAAGUCUCUCAUUGACAAAGGACUUCAGACUCUUUGUUGUAGCUCCAGAUUGCAGCCAGUUUUAAAUCAUCCAUCAGAAGAAUCUAGAACUAGACUGGAGUCCACUGUGGCAAACUGAACUGACUGGACAUAGUUUAAGUUGAAGGAAGUUUCUGUUGUUGAUCAAACCAUGGUGAGGUAGAGAUCAGAGAAGAGGAUUAAACCAUUUCUGAAUAGUUUCCAGGAGCCUGGAGGCCUCAAUAACUGAAAACUACCAGGACUCUUGAUGGCAUUAUCUGUCCAACCAAACUGAUAAAAUGAGAAAGUUCUGUUCAAGGAAACCAACAGUCCAUUUAACAGAGUUCAUCCAAGAAGCUUUGAAGCUUUAACUGCAACUAAAAGGGCUUCUACAAAGUGAUGAACAAAGUGUCUAGAUAUGGUUAUUAGAGAGAUGUCAGUUUUUGAUUCUUAUUAAAAUAAAGAAAAUAUUCUAAAAACAUGCUGUGACUUUGAAUUCAAGAGUUAUUGGGAGUAUAUUAUUUUAAAAUUUUUAUUUUUUUUCUUUUUAAAUUGAAAUGUACAUUCUGAUUCAACUAAAAUGCGUUCUCAAUGAUGUUUGCUUGUGACAUAUCACAAACACAUUUCUAAUCAACAAUGUAAAUUUCCUCUCUGGGAUCAAUAAAGGUCCUAAUAAAGGUAUCUAUCUAUCUAUCUAUCUAUCUAUCUAUCUAUCUAUCUAUCUAUCUAUCUAUCUAUCUAUCUAUCUAUCUAUCUAUCUAUCUAUCUAUCUAUCUAUCACACAUUAGAUGAGGCAGGAUUCAGCAACCAGGAAACCCAAAAACUGAGGAAAAAUUUCAAACAACUUCUAAAGGGUUGUAUUUUAAACCAAACCAUUAACAUUUCCUCAACCUUACCAAACAGUUUUGAUGCGUGAACUCAACCAAGCCUCUAAUGAGUAGCUAUUGUUGUGAAAGUGAUAUUUUCCUUAGCCUGAGUACUUUUGGUGCCUAAAUCUAAUAAAACUAGUGGAAAUUAGAGCUACGUCCAACAACAAUGGAUGUAAACCCAGUCUACAUGUUGACUGUCCUGUUGUUGACCUUUAGUCCCAUUAUGUUUCUUCAAUCAACCCAGUCUACUCAACAUUACAUUUCUUUUCAACUAAACCAUAUUCUAAAUAAAGUUUUUGAAAUGUAAUUUCUGAUUUGCAAUGUUAAAGGAGGAAAAGGUGACCAGAAAGUCCAAGUUAGGAGGGAAGACUGGUAAAUGGAAGCAUAAAAGAGAAACUAGAUUUUUACCAAAUAGAUCGUAGUUUGAAAUACGACUCUUUUCCUCCAUGUUUGAAGCUUUUCAAGCUGGGUUACCGUGGUGACAAGCAUGUCUGUGACACAUAAACAUAAUUCAUCAGAAAAUAUGUUCCAAUCAAACCAUAACUGCGAAUGCAGAUGAGUUGGAAAGAAACAUAAUUUUGAGGAGACUUAGUUGCUUCAGGUGAACUUUGCAGCUUCUUUAAAAUCUCCCAUGUCACAGUCUUUCUUGUAGGUUUCUUUCAGGACAUCAUUCAGAAUGCAGUUUUACUUUAGAGUAUAUUACUUUACAUUAACAGAGUUAUAACAAAAUGUGCAAACACUGAAGGACUCUGAAUACUUCCUGAUGCGACUGUUUUUAAGGAGAUUGUUAGAAAACAUUAAUCUGGUAAAGUGUUACAACAGGGGCUAGAACCCAAAUGUCGACACAGAAAACAAGCAGAGACAGGCAGAGAAUGAAAAAGAAUUUAUGUAUAAAAAAAAAACAGAGAAAAUGAGAGGCUGGAACAAGGAUCCAGAUAGUAAAGUUGGAAGAUAGUCCUGUCCUCCUUUUCUACUGUCUGAUGUUUCCCUUCUUAUCUUUAGGUAUUGAUCCAAUUCCAGUCAUCAGUUUAGCAGGACUUGGUAGAACCAGCAGCUCAGUGGAGUUACAGUGUGAGUCUGCAGGCUGGUAUCCAGAGCCUGAGGUGUUGUGGCUGGACGGUGAUGGAAACCUCCUCUCUGCUGGACCUACAGAGACAGUCAGAGGUCCUGAUGGCUUCUAUACUGUCAGCAGCAGAGUGACUGUGGAGAAGAAACACGGCAACAAGUUCACCUGCAGAGUCCAGAACAACAUCAACCAGAGCAGAGAGGCUCUGAUACAAGUUACAGAUGAUUUCUUUGAGGUCCAGUCCAGUUACACCUCGACUAUAGUUGGUUUGGCUGUUAGUUUGGUAGCUGCUUUCAUCCUGUUAAUUCCAGCAGUUUUUCUUUUUGUUCGCACACGAAGACAAAAAAGUGACAAGAAGAUUUUGGUAAAAGACAAGCAAGAAACGAUUGACCUAUGGAUGAGUGAGAAGGAAAAAUUGAUGUACACCAAGAUAAAUUUGCUGGAUGAGAAGCUGAAGUGGAUGGAGACUGAGAGAAAACUGAAGACAGUGGUCCAGAACAAGAUCCAGGAGCUGAAUGAAAUGAACUUUGGUACCAACUCUGACCCUACUGGGAGCGAUGAGAAGAAUCAACAGGAAGAGUUAGAGAAGCUACAGGAUGAGAAGCAGAAGUGGAUGGAGAUUGUUGGAAACCUGAAGACAGAACUCCAGAACAUGAACAAGAAGCUGGAGCUGAUCGGACCCAUAACUUUAGUAGAGGUCGAUGAAUGGGGCUACACCAUCCGUCUCAAGAACAUUUCCUCUGAGGAGAUAGAACUGGGAGGCUGGAAGUUAAAACUACAGAUUAACAACAGAGAACCAGCCAUAUACACAUCUAAGGAGUCACUCAAACUUCAGGCUGGAGGGAUUCUCACUUUGAGCCGCCAAGUCUGGUCCAGCGACCAUCCUGAUGGUGUUGAUCUGGAGAAGUGGCGCUUGAUGAAAUGGAGACCUGAAGACAAACUGCAGAUGAACCUCAUCAGCAACAAGACAGAGAUCUUCAGACUGCUGUAAUGUAAAUAAACAUGUGAAACAUCAUUUUUUUUAAGUUUCUGCAUUAAAGUGAGCCUUUGGUUUUUUUAAAAAAUAAAUAUCAAAUUCAACAUUAUUUUUCAUCAUUUUUGUUUUAUUUUCAAGAACUUGUUUUCAAAUGUACAUUUUGUAUUUUUAUAAAAUUAAAUUCCUAUUCAGUUCUGUGGAAAACACAUCAGGUUUGUUGUUUUAUCAAAGUUGUAAUGAACAGAAAAUACAACAAGAAAAGACCAGAAAUAUGUACAACAUUAAAACAAUCUGAACAAAAUAUCUUCUACAGGUUAAAGUCAGUUUUUAGUUUAAAGGGGCACCGAGGAAGAUUUUUAUGCUGGUAACAAAGUCUCAUAUUAAUGUGGAUGAAUCUUCGUUAUUUACACUUAUUAAUGCCCCCAUUUUCGAUUCAUGAAUCAUUUUGGUUUUGUAAAUAUUUUUAUUUUAUUAAUUUUUUGUCGACUCGUCCAGAAUUUCCUGUGAGAGACGGAGCGAUUUACAGCAAAUACGGUGCACGUGCGCUGACGGAGCGUAGCAGAGCGGAGCUAGUUGUUUUUAGCAGUAGCACAGUGAAGAGUUGGUUGAGAAGACAGCACACAUGGAGCGCAAAAGGAAGCGAACGGAGCAAAGUCUGCAAGCAAAAAGGUUGUCAGAUCGACAACGAAGCAAAAGAAAAGUUAAUCUUGGAAAGGCAUUUCAGAGGUGGAGAGAAUUUCGGGAGCAAAAAGAAAUCAAAACAGAUGCCGAGCUGGCUGUGCUUCUCCUAGACAAGUACGUAACUUUAGCUCUUUGUAAGUUUGAUACAAUUCUUUUGUCUUUUGUGUGUGUUGCUUGCGAUGUGUGGUUAGUAGACUAUGGGAUUCGUUUGACUGUGACUGGUUUAGUUGACUAACUUUGUGGCAAAAACACUGUGUGGGUAUUGGCUAAUGUAACGUUAGCUCGAAGCUACCUAACGUUCGGUUAACUCCAUAGCUCGGAGCAGCUUUGACAACUCGGUUUUACAACAUUAGACCGCGGAGUCAUUUGUACACGUUAUUGUUCAACAAUGAUUUCAACUCCGCCGGCUUUCCUGAGGCUCGCUUGUUCUUUUAUGAUGGUUUGUGACAGUGCGCGCCGAGGCUCAUGGGAAAUGUAGGCAACGCUACAUUUCCGCUAAAAUCUUCCUCGGUGCCCCUUUAACCUCCUUUUGCUGUUCUUCAAAUUUCAUGUGCCGACUGUCUUCAGGGUUUCUUCAGUAAUUUUGUAUUUUAUUUAAAAGUGGUUCUACACCUAUGGUGUACCCAAACGCAUUCACAGUGACCAAGGAAAGAGUUUUGAAGGGGACCUGUUGAAACGACUAUGCCACCUGUAUGGAAUUGAAAAGAGUAGGACUACACCGUACCACCCUGAGGGCAAUGGACAAUGUGAAAGAUUUAAUCGAACGCUGCACGAUUUGUUGCGUACACUCCCACAAGAAAAGAAAAGAAAAUGGCCUCAACAUCUACCUCAAGUGCUCUAUGCUUACAACACAACAGAGCACCAAUCCACAGGUUAUUCGCCAUAUGAACUCAUGUUCGGCCAGAAAGCGCAAUUGCCAGUGGAUUUCUUGUUGGGGGGAUCACCGGAGGAACCCAUGUCCAGGUCAGCAAAGGACUGGGUGGAUGAACAUCAAAAGCAUUUGAGUUCAGUCUAUCUUCAAGUGAAGGACCAGCUCCAGCAGGCAGCGGAGCGGAGAAACAGACAUCAUCAACCGUCAGGAAGUCCCAUUCUCACCCCUGGAACACUUGUCUACAGGAGAAGUCACCCCACAGGGCGUCACAAAAUUCAGAAUGCCUGGAACCCGGUUGUCUAUGAGGUGGUGAAAAACUUGGAUGAAGAAGGCAGAGUGUAUAAAAUAUGCCCCCGAGACGGCACUGGCUCGGAGAAGAAUCUUAAUAGAUCGGAGCUCAGGCUAGUACCGACUGCUAGUGUCAAUAUGUCUUCAACACAAAACCAAUUUUUGCCUGACCCUGGUCUGAUGGAUGACUCACUCCAACAGUCAAACUGCCAUGCCGUGAACGACGAUGACAGCGAUUCGGAGGGAAUCAUACUCACCAUGGAACAAGAGUGGCAUCGAGUGCAGCCCCCCUCCCACUCUGCCCCUGAGUCAGCUAUGCACUUGAGGGGGACAGAAUUGUACAGUCCCGACACGUCACGUUCCGUUGUUGGUCCUGAACAGGGAAACAGCCCUAGAAACAGUGCAGAUGUUGUGGUGACAGCCAAGCCUAGUGUACUGCAGGGACGGCCUAAAAGACGUACAGCUGGGCAGCAUACUAACCCCUUCCAUCUCCCAAAAUCUGUAAAUUAUACCCUUGCGACCCCUGUUGGAAGCUUACAGGUCCCCCAGGCUCAAAACCAGUUACCUGAAAGAGUAUUUAGGCCUUGGGUUUGAGUUGUCACUGGGACGGUGACCUUUCAAAGUGGAGGUGAAUGUAACGGGGAUGCCUUUGAAGGUCUGGCCUUUGAGCAGUGCUCCCUCUCUCUCUCUCUCUCUCUCUCUCUCGCUAUUGGUACGCAGAUAAGGAAGUGCAGUCAGACGCGUCAAGCAUGCCAAACAAUUGACUCGAACUCAGACAAGCGACAGUUUAUGACAAGGUUGGUGAGACUUUGGGAGGCUGAGUAGAAGCGGUGCUCCCUUUUCCCCCUCUCGCUAUCGGUAGACAGACAGGGAAGUGCAGUUAGAUGCAUGAAGCAUGCCAAACAUUUGAUGCGAACUCAGGAGUAAAUCAAGGAAAGACUGUGCAUCUCUCCAGCCAUCUGCGUACAGAACGCUGCCGUGCGAACCUUGAGCAGAGACUGAUUGUAAGUCAUGUGAUGGUAUAUUCAUGUUUAUUGAAGAGACUAUUUAUUUAAAUGCGAUGUUUAAAUGUAUUCUGUGUUUCUUUUUAGUGGCAGUCAUCAUGAUAUUACGCACACUGCUGGUCUGAGUAUUGAGUAUAUGAUGUAAAGGUACGGCACAUUGGUUAAUUGUUAUCAGCAGAACUGAUCUUUAAUAUGCCGAAUAUAUCUUAACCUCUGACUGUUUUAUAGAACUGUCUGCAAGUGCGGUGACUGUCACUGUUUUUCUUUCACUCCAUGAUUUAGUUUUAACGGGCCUUGGGUUUAUUUUGUUUUUGUUUGUUUACUUUCUUUUCGGUAUCUGUUUUAUGUGGGCUAAGUGCAAUAUUUAUGGGCAUUGUGCAAUUUCUGAGUUAUAGCCGGUUGGAAGUUGUGGGCCUUACAUUUGGCGACCCCUUUAAUGUGAAAUUUGAUCAUUGGUGAUUCUUAAACGGUUGCAGUGGUUGUAGAUCCUACGGGAUUUUGUUUAUGUGUCGGUCCCACCUACCAUUUUGCCCUACCCUCUUCCUUCUUUGUUUCAUAGGCUGCUAUUUUACUCACAACGCACAAUCGCCCUCUGCCUUUGGCAUAUUUUGCACAAUUGUAUUGACUACUGUGUAGCUGUAGCCCCAUUUAUUAUCUGAAUUUUACUGUUUGGUUUAUUCUGUUUAUAUUGUAAUAAAUUUUUGUAAUUUUGU